AUGACCGCUAACCCUGCACCACCACCGCGGUUGUACUUCGCCGGUGUCGAAGGCGGCGCUACCAAGACCGUGCUGCAAGUGAUGGACGAUGCCGGACGCGUUUUGGCGGUCAAGACUGGCAUGGCGACCAAUCUCUACCUUUGCUCAACGGACGAAGCAUCGAAACGAAUUUACGACCUGCUGAUCAGCGCUGUGCAAGAGGCGGGAUUAUCGGUGCACGCGAAACUGAAAUGCAUCGGCAUGGCGCUGAGCGGUGCCGAAAACGAAGACCUCAACACACGGUUCAUCGAUGGCUUCAGAACGCAGUACCCCGGUGUUACCGACUUCUGCUACGUCACCUCUGAUUCAGUGGGAACGAUCGCCACCGCGUUUCCAAACGGCGGAAUCGUACUCAUAGCCGGCACCGGCUCAUCUUGUCGUCUUUUGAACCCAGACGGUGUGAUGUACGGUUGUGGCGGAUGGGGUCAUCUGAUCGGAGACGAAGGAAGCGCCUACUGGAUUUCCACAGAGGCGAUUCGAGCGGUGUUUGCAGCAGAAGAUGGCUUUACCCUUUUGCCGUACGAUGUUUCGUGCGUCAAAGAGAAGAUGCUGCGGUUCUUUCAUCUGAGCGACAAAAGCCAAAUCUUAGAGCUGCUGUAUAAAAAUUUCGAGAAGGCGAAGAUCGCGGGGUUCUGUAAAGUUCUGGCUCAAGGUGUGAAAGAUUAUUUCAUUUUUGAUGCUGGAACAAUCGACCAAAACUGCUUUAAAACUGAGAUUCAUGCAGCUAAAGACCUCUUCAUACAACAUCUGUUUCAUAAGGCCGGUCGGAUGCUUGGUAAACAUGUGCUCGCUAUAACUGCCCAUGCCGAUAAGGCGCUUUUACGGCGAGCUGGCGGAGUCCCUGUGGUAAUAAUUGGCUCAGUUUGGAAAAGUUUCGACUAUCUAAAACAGGGUAAAUACCAAAACGCGGAACACCGACAGUUCGACGAAAUAACGUUGUACGUGCCGAAAGCGUCUCCGGCCCUCGGUGCGGUGUACUUGGCAGCGAAGAAGACCGGCAUCGCUUUGCCGAUCUCUUGGGAAAACAACGUCGAAGUGUUUUUUCAUGCUGCUUUAUAA